AUGACUACUGCAAAAAUUAUCUCUGUGAAAGGUUUAAGUAGUGGUAUUCAUUCACCAAAUAGUACCAAGUCGGGGCAGGAAGUCCAUUGCCAUAUAAAGCUCUCAAGCCUCCGAAAACUCUCCCAAAUUAGAGGUCUGCCAAGCUACCCUCGCUGGUUUAUCGGCGAGUCCCCUUACUUCGACGCUAUUACUAGUAGAGAAAUUUUCUCGUCUUCCUUAUUGGUCACCAUGGGUUUUGGGGAACUGAGUUUGACGAGAUAUAGGGCCUUGAUGAAAUUUGCCUUCAAAUUGAUAGGCCUUUUUGACACACUGCCGAUCACUCACGUGAUUUGGAGAUACUCAUUCACUGAGUCGAAGCAUACCAGUGCACGAAGUGACAAAGCCCGCAGAUUCAGCAAUCAAACCCCAUUUCACACCGACCUGUUCACUCUUAUCCAAACUCUUAGGCUACAGCGCCUUCGACGUCCUUACAAGCUCUUCCACCUUUCUACCCUUCUCAGUGACGAAAUCAUCUCUUUUAGCGAUAACCCUCUCGUUCUAGACGUUGACCUUCAUGUUCUCAGCAAUGGUCUUAUUUGUCUCAGAAAAUUCAGUAAAAAGGCAUGCCUCGCUUUCCUCGAGUGUAGCCCAGAUAUCUUCCACCAGAGUUGGUGUCGCCUUAGACAUGGCGACGGGAUCUUGUGUAAAUUUGAGGAAGGCUAUCAGCUGAUCUUUUCCUUCAAAGUGGUGGAGAAAGCGACUUAUGAGGAAAGCUUCCAAAAGCUAGAAGUUCCAAACGGAGCUCUACAGCACUCACGAUGUAACGGCGAGAAUUUCACCCGAUGCUCUCUGAGCAAUGGCUGGAAACUUCCUACCCUCACUACCUUGGAAAGAUGGUUUGUAUGUCGUAAACGCCGCUUUAUUCAAGUUGUAGGAGUAGCAUAUAGCAGGGUAGAACCGACUGCUUCCGAAAACAUGCAAAGUCCCAUGAUCAUCAGAACAUCGCAGCUCGGCAUAACCAAGAUAAUGGCAUCUAGAUUAUUUACAAAAGAUCCUCACGUCUAUCCUGGAUAUAGGAGCAUAAUCGCUAUCAGUCAUUCACCGAGCGCCACUAGAAAUGGCUCGAAUUCAGAUGCCAAUCUACUACGAUCCAAGGGCAUGAGAACUCCAGGAUGUAGUUUAAUAACGGAGAUAAGGCGUUAUAUCGCGCUUGAUAAUGAUCCUAGCUCCCUUUCCUGGAUGCAACCUCCCGAAAACGGCCCACAUACGAGUGAAAAUUGUGCAGAGACCCAGGCCAAUGAAUUAUCAAGAGAAAUCAAUUCCAUUGAAGGCUUUAUGUGA